AUGGACCAGAUCCAGGACACGCUGAGCCCCGAGGCGGGGGCGUUCAGGGCCGGGUGCCUGGAGCUGCGCAAGGACGCGAGCUCGAGGUCGAUGCUCGACGAGACGCUCGUGGAGUACCUGGGCUGCCUCUACUCCGACGGCUACAACCACGAGCGGGGCGACAGCCUGCUGGCAGGCCUGGCGUUCGAGGAGCUGUGGUUCAGGCGCGGCGGCGCGAGGGAUCCUGCUCGGGCCCUCGCUGCCCUCCUGGGCCUCCGCCGCCUGGCGCCUGGGCAGGCCAGGACGGCGCGGCCGCGGGCCAAGCUGGCUGCGCUGCUGGGAGCUGGCUCCGGAGUUCAGAACUGGGCCCUGCUGUUGCACACCGCCACGGCCGACGGCCGGAGCAAGGCGGACCGCGAGGACGUGGGGCUGCUGCUCGACGGGUUCUUCACAAAGGGCAUCGAUUCCCAGCUCGGGCCACUGAAGAAAGCGGCAGGGCACGCCGCCAGCCUGCGGCCGUGCACGGCCGCGGAGUUCAGGGAGGGGUUCAGUCGAGCGGCCGCCGCGAUCGGUCGGCCAGCCCCGCAACCGUACCAGGUGAGGCAGGGAGCGGUCGACGACGACGCGCUGUACCAGAAGCG